CCAAUUAAAUCCCUCAUCCGCUAUAAGUCGGUGGAUAGAAAAACACCCUCCUUGCUCAAAAAGAAAACCAAGUAACACUGAAAAUAUUGAGAAUGGCUGUUCAUAAAGUUAGUUACCUUGCUCUCCUCCUAUCAUUUGGAAUAAUUCUGCUUGUGAGCAAUGUCAAACAUGCAGAUGCGGAGGCUUGCUCUAAAAAAUGUGAUCAAAAUCUUUACUAUGAGAUUUGCCCAGGAAUAAUUCGUCCAACAUGCAUUAACUGUUGUGAAGGGAAAUUGGGUUGCCAAUAUUAUAAUGGUAGUGGAGAUCUUGUUUGUUAUGGAUUUAAAAAAGACGAGGGCAAAGUAGAGGAUAAUCAGUUAGAAGGUUGUAGUUAUAGCAGUGAAGAUGGAACUUUCGUUUGCGAUGUGGAAGAUGAUGUCCAAAAAUUCUAGAGGCUGUUGUUUCCUAAUAAAUAGUAAUCUGUACGCACUUUAUGCAUGUAUGAUUAAGAGCAUGACGAUACAUAUGAUCUGUCAUGCAUGUAAUUUGUAAUAUGGUGCGGUGGAGCUUUCCACAGCUUUGUGCUAUAGUUUUCAAUGUGUUUAAUAAUGGAUGGAAUACGACAUUCAAACACCUUUAUAAUAGUAUCGUUGGCCCUAAAUUUUAUGGUC